AUGUUACCGGCCUCGGGGAAGCAAGAAAUAUAUUUGAAGACGCCCUAUCUUCUGUGUUCUUCCCUUGAAGUUCUCAUUUAUCUUAUUGUUGAUACGUUUGAGAAAAUUCUCACCGGAUUUCUCCUCGUCUUUCACUCAACAUCGGCUUCUCCAUCUACUCACCAUUGGCUCCGCGCGCAUCAACUCUCCCCGCAUCUCCAUUCCCCCACCAUGUCCUCAACAACAGGAUCGUUCUCCGCGCCUGUGCAGAUCCACACAUUCGAUGGUCUUCUUUCUGACUUCGAUGGUACCAUUGUAGACUCGACUGAUGCAAUUGUGAAGCACUGGCACAAGAUUGGUGACGAGCUCGGCGUCGACCCCAAGGUUAUCCUCGCGACCUCGCAUGGCCGCCGCAGCAUCGAUGUAAUGGGUCUAUACGAUCAGACCAAGGCCAACUGGAGCUAUAUCAAUGAAAUCGAAGGCCGCAUCCCGAAAGAAUUUGGCUCCGACGCCGUCGAGAUCCCCGGCGGCCGCGACCUCAUCGCAGCGCUUGAGACCUCUGGCGCAAGAUGGGGUGUUGUAACAUCUGGCACGCGCCCUCUAAUUGACGGUUGGCUGGAAGUUCUCGGUCUCCCACACCCCAAGAACCUGGUGACAGCAAUGGACGUGCCGCUCGGCAAGCCGGACCCGCGCUGCUACCUGCUAGGCCGGAAGCAGCUUGGCAUUGAAGAGUCAACCUCGAUUGUCGUACUCGAGGAUGCGCCGUCUGGUAUCAAGGCUGGUAAGGCUGCUGGGUUCAAAGUGAUUGCGUUGACGACGACGCAUCCACUGCGGAAGCUUCAGGAGGCUGGUGCGGAUUGGAUUGUGGAAGAUUUGAGGAGCAUUUCGGUCAAGGCGGUUGUUGAUGGGCAGGUGCAGAUCGAGAUCAAGAAUGCGUACCAAUAG